GUUACCAUGGUGCUCCGUCGUAAUUACUGUCGUAAAAAGCCGUAAACUGUAUAUGCCCCACACUGCAAAACAAGUGUGGAACUGCUUCGGCAAACUUGAUUAAUGAAUUGUGUUUAGUAAUUAUCGUAUCUGUUGUUCCCAACUUUUAUUCGAGACGCUUUUGACAAACGAGAGAAAGACGACAACCACAACGAGCGAAGAUGUUCAAAAAAUUUGAUGAGAAGGAAAACGUGUCCAACUGUAUCCAGCUGAAAACAUCAGUGAUCAAAGGCAUCAAAAAUCAGCUGUUGGAACAGUUUCCUGACAUCGAGCCAUGGCUUAACCAGAUAAUGCCCAAAAAGGACCCUGUCAAAAUUGUGAGAUGUCAUGAACACAUAGAAAUCCUGACAGUGAAUGGAGAACUGCUUUUCUUCAGACAGAGAGAAGGACCUUUCUACCCGACCCUUAGACUGCUACAUAAAUAUCCUUUCAUCCUCCCACACCAGCAAGUUGACAAAGGAGCCAUUAAAUUUGUCUUGAGUGGAGCAAACAUCAUGUGCCCAGGGUUGACUUCACCAGGUGCCAAACUCUAUCCUGCUGGUCCUGAUACAGUAGUUGCCAUAAUGGCAGAGGGGAAACAACAUGCACUUUGUGUUGGUGUGAUGAAGAUGUCUGCGGAUAACAUAGAAAAAGUCAACAAGGGAAUCGGGAUUGAGAAUGUUCACUAUCUGAAUGAUGGGUUGUGGCACAUGAAGACAUAUAAAUGAUGACGUUGAUGUUUACAUCAUCCAAUCCAAAUCACCUGUCAUGAUACUCUGAGCUUUCAACACUGAGGCAUGAACUGUUGUGUUCACACCUGCGGACCUAGAUGUGUAACCUUCUGGAGGCGAUAAAUGAACCACCAGGAUUAAAUAAAAUUGGGCUUUAAAUUAGAA